ACUACAGUAUGCUGACGUCACGCGCUCCACAUAUAAAGUAGCUGCUAUGCGCGGACUUUGGACUCGCAACUUCAGAGCGACACGACUGCGAAGGAUUGAGAGGGAAAGAAGCAGAAGAAGCGCUGAUCAAGUCUUUGGAGUAUGAACAGACUUACAUUUAAAGUUCUCCUGUUGGCACUGGGCUUUCUGGUCUGCGAAGGAGGUAACCCGUGCUGCUCAGAGCCAUGCCAGAAUAGGGGCGUAUGCACAGCACUGGGAGCAGAUGAUUACGAGUGUGAUUGCACACGUACAGGAUAUUAUGGGCAAAACUGCACAACACCUGAGUUUCUCACCUGGAUCAAAGUCACCCUGAAGCCAUCACCCAACACUGUCCACUACCUUCUCACCCACUUCAAGGGCUUCUGGAACAUCAUCAACAACAUCUCAUUUCUCCAGGAUGCCAUCAUGAGAUAUGUGCUGACAACCCGAUCACACUUGAUUGACAGUCCCCCAACUUACAAUGCAGAUUAUGGUUACAAAAGCUGGGAAGCCUAUUCCAACCUUUCCUACUAUACGCGUACCCUCCCACCUGUGCCGCAGGAUUGCCCAACCCCUAUGGGAGUAGUAGGAAACAAGGAGCUGCCUGAUGUUAAAGUUUUGGCUGAGAAGCUUCUGGUGAGGAGACAGUUUAUCCCAGACCCGCAGAGAACCAGCCUGAUGUUUGCAUUUUUUGCACAGCACUUCACUCACCAGUUCUUCAAAACGGAUAUGAAGAAAGGACCUGCCUUCACCCAGUCUAAAGGCCAUGGGGUGGACCUCAGCCACAUUUAUGGAGAAGACCUGGAGAAGCAGCACAAGCUCAGACUCUUCAAGGAUGGAAAGCUCAAAUAUCAGAUCCUGGAUGGAGAUAUGUACCCCCCAACAGUACAGGAAGUGGGGGUUGAUAUGUUCUACCCCCCUCAUGUCCCCGACUCUCACCGCUUCGCCGUGGGCCACGAGGCGUUCGGCCUGGUCCCUGGUCUCAUGAUGUAUGCCACCAUUUGGCUGCGGGAACACAACCGGGUGUGUGACGUGUUGAAGGAGGUGCACCCUGACUGGGACGAUGAAAGACUCUUCCAGACCACACGGCUCAUUAUGAUUGGUGAGACCAUCAAGAUUGUGAUUGAAGACUAUGUGCAGCACCUGAGUGGCUAUCACUUCAAACUCAAGUUUGAUCCCCAGCUGCUCUUCAAGGAGCGUUUCCAGUACCAGAAUCGCAUUGCAUCUGAGUUCAACACCCUGUACCACUGGCACCCGCUGAUGCCUGAUAGUUUCCACAUUGAGGAGAAAGAGUACAACUACAAACAGUUUAUGUUCAACAUGUCGGUAGUGACUGAGCACGGCAUCAACAACCUGGUGGAUUCGUUUACUAAGCAGAUUGCAGGACGGGUUGCUGGUGGCCGAAAUGUCCCAGGAGCUGUUUUGUACGUGGCCAUUAAGUCCGUAGAGCACAGCAGAAAAAUGCGUUACCAGUCUCUGAAUGCCUACAGGAAGCGAUUCUCCAUGAUGCCCUACAAGUCUUUUGAAGACAUGACAGGAGAUAAAGAAAUGGCCGCAAUACUGAAGGAGAUGUACGGACAUGUCGAUGCUGUGGAGCUCUACCCAGGCUUGCUGGUGGAGAAACCAAGGCCCAACGGCAUCUUUGGGGAGACCAUGGUGGAGAUGGGGGCACCUUUCUCCCUCAAGGGCUUAAUGGGAAACCCCAUCUGCUCCCCAGAGUACUGGAAGCCCAGCACCUUUGGAGGCAGCGUGGGCUUUGACAUCGUCAACACCGCUUCCCUGCAAAAGCUCGUCUGCAAUAACGUGCGGGGCUCCUGUCCUGUGGCGUCCUUUUACGUGCCUGACGUAAAAGACACAGGGUCCAUGAUCAACUCAAGCACAUCCCACUCAGAAAGCAGUGACAUCAACCCCACUGUCAUCCUAAAAGAACGGACUACAGAGCUCUAACCCUUUAAAAUUUUAUUGGU